AUGCGAGAGCGGCUUUCAGAGUUAGGCUAUGAGACUAGCGGCCUCAAUGUCAUACACAUAACCGGCACGAAAGGCAAAGGCAGUCCAGCUGCGUUUACAGACUCGCUCAUACGUGCCCAUUUCCACCGUCUGUCCCGUCCUGUUAAAGUCAGCCUAUACACUUCGCCACACCUUAUCACUGAGCGGGAGAGGAUAAGGAUCAACUUUGAGCCGCUCUCAGAAGAUACGUUCGCACGCUACUUCUUCGUUGUAUGGAACACAUUACGCAAGAAUGCCAGCGAUGACGGGGACAUGCCCGGGUACCUGCAACUAUCAGCUUUGACGUCUGUGCAUGCGUUCAGGGAGGAAGCUGUCGACGUGGCAAUAUACGAAGUUCACGCUGGUGGACGGAGAGAUGCCACAAACAUUUUCGAGCGACCUGUAGCAUGCGGCUUCACCACAAUUGGUAUGGACCAUGCCGACCUCCUUGGGGAUACAAUUCGAAAAGAACCUGUGGCAGAGGAAGUGCUUGAGAAGGAGGCCGCCAAACUGGACUGUCCACUCGAAUUGCGCGUGCCGGCGCAGAAGCGGAAUGCAUCACUGGCUAUCCGGUUAGCCAAUGCAUAUCUUGGCAGUUACAAUGACGAGCUUAGUUUAGAUGAUAUCAUAACCGGCACGAGUCGGUGUAACUGGCCUGGACGGUUCCAAACUAUACAGAAAGGACCUCAUCAUUGGGCUUUAGAUGUGGCGCACAAUCCUCUCAGCCUUCCUGUCGCAUUGGCAGUUCCGUCUGCAGGGCUUGUCAAGGGCUGGCCAAGCGCGCGUAUGCACGGAGUUGAUCAUGGCUGA